GUAGUUGUUGGAAGUUGGCAGUGUGAUGGAGAAGCUGCCAGCUCUUUGUUACCCACGGAUUGACUGAUGUGUGCCAUGCUAAAAGCAGCACCUUGUAUUUCUCUGAACUGAACUGUUGCAGUCUUUGCUGUCCUUGGUGGGGUGGAGCAAAAGCCAGAGAGGUUUCUUGUGGGUGGCACUACAGUGUAGAUCUGCAGAGAAAUCCUCUUCCCAUUCUCCCCCUUCUGCAAAUAAAGUUAAUAUUAAGUCCUCCCGUUUCUAGUUUAGAUGCCCAAGAUCCAGCUCCAAACAGAUAAAUCUGCUAUUUUUAGGAGUAUGCUGUUCAAUGUAUCAGUGUGAUUCGGCUGUAAAUGUGAUGCACCUUUUUCUCUUGAAUGUCUCUGUAGGUUUUCAUGUUUUAUUUAAUGUCUGAUGAUGACAGUGUUUAUCUCCCUGCUGACUGAAAUCCCAAAUGACACCUUUCCUAUGCCACCUACGAGGCAGCAGAGUAACAUCCCCUGAGCAUUACCCACCCUUCUUUACCCUGCACUAGGUUUCUUCUUCGUUAAUAAACCUUCCAAGAAGAAAUACAAAGAAGUUAAACCUGGAGGUUGGGAAUUGCUAGAGUUGGCUUCAAAGGAAUAAGAAUUUCUGAGCAAAUAGAGAGUCUAACAGUCAGUAUGAAUUAUUAAUUAAACAAUGGAAGCAGUGGGUUUGGGAACACUCAAGUCCAAGAUAAACCCUUUAAGUCACAAAGUGAAAGUAGUCGUAGAGCAUGGAGUUGCCAUUUGUAUAUCAUCCUGUUUGCAUGAUUUAUUCAUCUGUUGUUGCACAAAAGAUUUUAGGAGAAACAUGUUUAAUGCAGGCUUUGCAUCUUGAGUUGGGCACCAAACUUUGGUACAGACUUGCCUGAGGGUUGCUGCUCUGCCAGGUGAGUUCUCUGAGUGUUUGGUAAUGCAUCCUUUUAACAUGGUUAUCCACUUUAACUCUUACAAUUGCAUUUGUUCUGAUUGCCCUGAGUGCCAGGUAUUGAUUUCAUUCCUGAAAGCAAACUGGAUAAAAAUAGGAACUGGAUUUGUUUCUGGCACAUAAGUACUGGGAGAAUGAGGAAGAACGGCGGUGGAACGACUUGUGGCAAAGGUUGCGGCAGGUCGGGCCAGCAGCAGCUGCUGUGGUUUGGGAAGCAGUGUGAAUUCCAAGACAAAAAAAAGGAGUGCCAUCCUGGUGUCCUGAUGGUAGCCACGGACUAGCACAGCUAGCCCCCAGGUCGGAUCUUGAGGCAAAGGUUUUAAUGAAAAAAAUCUGUUAUAAUGGAAUAAGCAUGGAUUUACCAGGAAAGAAACAUUGCUUUAAUUCUGUGUCACCCACUGCUUUCCUCUUACUCUGAACGUUUUUGUCUCAAAUUGAGAAGGCAGAUUUCGGUCAGUAUUAGCCCUGGAUAACAUCAGCAGUUAUAGUGGAUGUACUCUACAGGUAUGGGAAUAUCUGGUGGUGUACCAUUCUUCAUUUUUACACUGCAAUCAAGUUCAAUGUAAAAUGUUACGAAGAACAUUACAAUAUAUAUUUUAUUCAUAGAGAGUUAUAUUAAUUAUUUUCCCAUAUGGAGGUAUUCAAAAGCCACGUGGAUGUGACAGUUAGAGACAGGGGUUAGUGGUGGCCUUGGCAGUGCCAGGGGAAUGGUUGGACCUCAUGGUCUGGGAGGGCUUUUUCAGUCCAAAUGCAUCUUUGAUCCUACAGUUCUCUGUAUUGCAGCUAUUUAUGAAGUGUGUACAUUUUUAGCUAUAACACAUUGCAGUGCUUACAGCAAGGGUCAUGCUGCAGUGUGAGUACAUCCUAUUAAAAUCAAGAAGCCUGCAGACCAGACCCUUCCUGACAAUAAUAAUCCAAGGCUGAGGUAUUCAAUCCAUGUAUGUAUUUUAUCCAUCUAUUGCAUUUACAGCCCCAGGUAAUCUGUGUGUUUCACAGUCUGCUUUUAAUGUCGAUGAUGACAGUUUUCUCAUGCAGCCAGCUGGGAUAAAUGUGUCCCAAGGAAAUUGAGAAACUUGUGCAAGGCCACCCAGUAAAACUUCACAGCAAAGUCAGUAAUUUGGGGGUGGCUGGUUUCCAGUACCAGGCUCUUAAAACAAGACCAUCACAGCAUCCUGGCCCAUGAUUUUCCUGCAGUCUGAGUGAUGAAGGAUGCAGUCAUGAGAGUGCCAGGCAUGCAGGACGUCUGUGGAUGGGAGUCAUCUCCUGAAACCUAGAGUUCAAUUUUGGCUGAUCCUCACAAAUUCCCAGAUGGGUGCAAUGUUCAUAUAUCCUCUAGAUCAUUGCCUGUCUCCAUCUAUCCUGAAAUGCAAUUCGGGCUGGUACAAUCUCAAACAAACUCGAGAUGAGCUUUUAAUGAUUUUUUUCAUGUCAGCUUUCUUUAUUUAAUUAGUUUUGCUGUGUAGUGCAAUAAUAGGGCUCAUAAUGAACAUGAUUGCAAUGAUUUCCCUGAAUGCCUUGAGCACGCGCCGUGAUCAGCAGAGGUUUAGCCCUGCUGUCUGCGUUAUCCUGAAACCUGAGAGGGGGUAUUUCAGUGACCUUUGGUGCAGGAAACUGGAAUCUGAGACACUGGGCACUUAACAAAGAGCACAAGGGGAGGCAGCUGAAAUAAAAAUGAGCAGCUGCGAAGAUUCUGUGCCAGAAGGAUUUGGGGAGCUGACGAGAGGAAGUAAGCUCCAAGGAUCAGUUGGAUCUGCAGAGCAAUGUUCGUGCCUUGUCAGGGUGUUUUUGCUGGAGCUCAGAAGUUCCAGCCUCUUCUGGUUCCCAAACCUCUGAUGUAAGAGCUUCAUUUUUUGCUCUCUGCACUUGAGCCCCCAUGCAAAGGCCUCUCUAACAUUGUGAGGGCAAAAAUAACAGCGCAGUGCUGCUGUGCACUCUGUUCACCUGCUGCCACGGGGGAGCCACUGCGAACACCUCCCCUACAGGGGCCAGGGCUCCUCUACUUUCUUUCUGAAAACAUGUAUUUUCUUAUAGCACGCUUUCCAUUUCCUGGGAAUGUCACCAGAGUGGCAAAGAAGUUUAUGGGAGCAGCUUACACCUUCUUCAAGUAAUAUGUUAACUGGGACAUGUUCUGAUUAAUUUGCAACAAAGGUAAUUUCAAAAGACUUACUCCUGUAAACCCUCCCUGAGAAGGACAUUUAAAACCUCAGCUCUCCCAGUUGUUUGGUGACUGGAUGUGGGAAUCGGUUGCCAGGCUGGUGCCUUUCUGCAAAUCAUUGGUCAAAUAUGGCAGGAUACAUUGAGACAGCAGUUCAGACUCUUCUGAAGUAGAUCCUUGGCUUGGUGUGUGAGUUUGUGCAAGCAGAGGGACAGGCUGGUGGUGCCAGGAGCUGCCGGGGCAGCGGGGUUGUUACAGUGGGCUGCAGCGUGUGGGAGGUUUCAGAGAUGUGUGUUCUGUUGACUUGUCUGCUUGCCUGAAAUCCUUCACUGAGAUGAGAACUCACACGCAGAACAGCUGCCAAGGUCAAUCACCACACUUUAAAUACAUAAAUAUAUAAAUACAUAAAUAUAAAUAUUUAUGUGUAUGUAUUUGCAUUUCACUUUGAAUUAUAUAUUGCCCUUUCUAAGUGCCAUACCCAAAUGCUCCCAGUGCCCCCCCUGUGCCAGGGGGUUGUGGGUGGCAAUCAUCCCUGGCCUCUCUGAGCUGGGGACCCCCUGCACUCCUUGGGGAUCCUCACAGAGCACCUGGGAUUCGGGUGCUCCAAUUCCCUCUUCUCUACAAAAUCGGUAGCAAGCUGCCAAAUUACCACUUCCCACUAGCUGUAAGUGUUCAAUGGAUGAAGGCAAGUGUUUGUGUGGGAAUGAACUGGAGAUUUUUAAGCAAGCAGAGUGGGUGUUUCUAUGGCUUUAGCCCAGUGGACAGCACAGGCUGUUUCGUUCCAUGCUAUUGUUGCAUGACAUUCCUCUUGGCACAAUGUUUAUUUUUAGCCAGAGACUAUCACAAGUAUUUUUCAGCAGGACUGUCACUGCCCCUGAACAGGAAUCAUAUUACUGCAAGAACUUUGCUGAAACAAAGAAGAUAAAUUGAACAAAUGGGAAAUUAUAAAUCUAGACCAACCCAGACUUGCACGGGUAACUAAUGUCACUUUUUUACAGGCAGUGUGUCAUCCAUCCAUCAGCAAGGAGCAAAUGGUAUUUCAGGAGAUUAACUCAUUCCUGGUUUACUCUUGAGUUCAAGGCUCAGAUGAAUGGAAGAAGAAAGUCAGUGAAUCCUAUGCCACAGUCACGGAGCGCUUGGAGGACGACCUGCAAAUCAAGGAAAAGGAGCUGGCAGAGUUAAAGCAUGUUUUCAGCUCUGAUGAAGCCUUCUGCAAAGUCAACCUGAAUUACCGCACGGAGAACGGGCUCUCGCUGCUGCACCUGUGCUGCGUCUGUGGGGGCAACAAAUCCCACAUCAGAACUCUCAUGCUGAAAGGGCUGCGCCCAUCCAGACUAACGAGAAAUGGAUUUACAGCUCUGCACUUGGCAGCUUAUAAGGACAACGCAGAGCUGCUGACGGCGCUGCUGCACGGCGGGGCUGACAUCCAGCAGGUCGGGUACGGGGCGCUGACGGCCCUGCACGUCGCCACCAUCGCCGGCCACCACCAGGCUGUGGACAUCCUCCUGCAGCACGGGGCCUACGUGAACGUGCAGGACGCCGUGUUCUUCACACCGCUGCACAUCGCUGCCUACUGCGGCCACCAGCAGGUAACCCACCUGCUACUGAAGUUUGGAGCCGAUGUGAAUGCGAGUGGUGAAGUUGGGGACAGACCUCUCCACCUGGCUGCUGCCAAAGGCUUUCUCAACAUCACAAAGCUUUUGAUGGAAGAGGGAAGCAAAGCUGAUGUGAAUGCUCAGGACAACGAAGAUCAUGUGCCUCUGCACUUCUGCUCUCGAUUCGGGCACCAUGAUAUUGUGAAGUUCUUACUGCAGAGCAGCUUCGAGGUGCAGCCCCACGUGGUGAAUAUCUAUGGAGACACACCUCUACACCUUGCCUGUUACAAUGGGAAGUUUGAAGUUGUCAAGGAAAUAAUUCAGCUCUCAGGAACAGAAAGUCUCACUAAAGAAAAUAUAUUCAGUGAAACAGCUUUCCACAGCGCUUGCACCUAUGGAAAGAACAUAGAACUUGUCAAGUUUCUUCUUGACCAGAAUGUUGUAAGCAUCAAUCAUCAGGGGAGAGAUGGGCACACAGGAUUGCACUGUGCUUGCUACCAUGGCCACAUUCGCCUCGUGCAGUUCCUGCUGGACAACGGAGCUGAUAUGAAUCUUGUAGCUUGUGAUCCCAGCAGGUCCAGUGGAGAAAAGGAUGAGCAGACCUGUUUGAUGUGGGCUUACGAGAAAGGUCACGAUGCAAUUGUGACCCUCCUGAAGCAUUACAAGAGGCCUCAGGAUGAAUCCCCCUGCAACGAAUACUCCCAGCCUGGAGGAGAUGGUUCCUACGUGUCAGUGCCAUCCCCCCUAGGGAAGAUUAAAAGCAUGACAAAAGAAAAGGCUGAUGUCCUCCUCCUCCGUGCUGGUUUGCCAUCACACUUCCACCUGCAGCUCUCUGAGAUAGAGUUCCACGAGAUUAUCGGCUCAGGGUCUUUUGGGAAAGUCUAUAAGGGACGAUGUAGAAAUAAAAUUGUUGCAAUCAAACGCUACCGAGCCAACACCUACUGCUCCAAGUCUGAUGUGGACAUGUUCUGCCGCGAGGUUUCCAUUCUCUGCCGGCUGAACCACCCCUGUGUCAUCCAGUUCGUGGGAGCCUGCCUGGAUGACCCCAGCCAGUUUGCCAUUGUCACCCAGUACAUCUCUGGGGGAUCUCUCUUCUCCCUGCUCCACGAGCAGAAGAGAAUUCUUGAUCUGCAGUCUAAAUUAAUCAUCGCUGUAGAUGUGGCCAAAGGCAUGGAGUACCUCCACAAUCUCACACAGCCCAUCAUACAUCGGGAUCUGAACAGUCACAAUAUUCUCCUGUAUGAGGAUGGACAUGCAGUAGUUGCAGAUUUUGGAGAAUCUCGAUUUCUGCAAUCCCUGGAUGAAGACAACAUGACAAAGCAACCUGGGAACCUGCGCUGGAUGGCCCCUGAGGUGUUCACCCAGUGCACCAGGUACACCAUCAAGGCUGAUGUCUUCAGCUACGCUCUGUGCCUCUGGGAGCUGUUAACGGGGGAAAUUCCCUUUGCUCACCUGAAACCAGCGGCAGCAGCAGCAGACAUGGCUUAUCACCAUAUCCGCCCCCCCAUCGGCUACUCCAUCCCCAAGCCCAUCUCUGCCUUGCUGAUGAGGGGCUGGAACGCCUGUCCUGAGGGGAGACCAGAGUUUUCAGAAGUUGUCACAAAGUUAGAGGAGUGUCUCUGCAAUAUUGAGUUAAUGUCUCCAGCCUCCAGCAACAGCAGCGGGUCCCUGUCCCCGUCCUCGUCCUCGGACUGCCUGGUGGCCCGGGGUGGCCCUGGGCGCAGCCACGUGGCCGCCCUGCGCUCCCGCUUCGAGCUGGAGUACGCCCUGAACGCGCGAGCCCUCGCCGCCUGCUCCCAGGGCUCUGGGCAACCCCCUUCUCAGGGCCUGUCUCUGGAUGACAUGAGAAGGAACUUCCAGUACCCACCCGUGGACCAUAACGGGUACGUGUCAGACCCCCUGAGCACCAUGAGGUUCCACUCCUGCAGCAGCAGCUUGGAGGACAGCAGCUGAGGGAGGCAGCGGCCACCUGCCCCAGACAGCCAUCACCACGGAGCCCUGAGGGUCACACUGACAUCCCUGGACUGACAUCCCUGGACUGACAUCCCUGGAUGACAAAUGCCUCUGUCCUGCAUUCUGCUUUUGCAUCUCCCUCAGCUGGCCACCCCAUGCCCUGCAGCAGCAACUCUGACCAUGGAGCAUUAAAAAAGAGGAGAGGCAGGGCAGCAGAAGUUGAACUCUUCCUCUAGAAGCAAUUACAGAAUUAAUCACGCUGUUAUUUUCUGGGGUCUUCUUUCAAAUUAACAAAAUUUAUCUUGUUAUCUUGUAUUUACAUUGUCUGUGUGGCUAAGGCAGCGCUGCGUUCCUGGCUGAGCAGGAGCACUAUUUUCCAUUGAUGGUUCUGUGAUGUUAUUGAGGAUGCUGUUUUUCUGCAGCCAUGAUCCCUGAAGCAGGUCUGCAAAGAGGCCUCAAGCAGGGUGACAGACAUGAGCUGUGACUGCAUGGUGGGCUCUGACACACCUGCUUCCAGCACACCUGCCAUUACUUCAGUAAUGCUGAAGCAAUAUAAACGGGGAAGAUUUCACUAAGUAAA